GGCAAACAAUGAAUGCACGAUGUACGACGACGGCUCGUUCUAGAACGAAAACGCGAAAUUGUUAUUAAAAACUGAGCAAGCGUAGAAUUACGCGCAAGUGCCCGGUCACUAAUACUAAUGCAAGUGCCAGUGAACGGCAAGCAACAACAACAAAUUGCGCGUGAGUUUUAGAUAGUUUCCUGAGUAGCGUCACGUAGACGGCAAGCGACUUGCAAAUCGAUAUUCACACUCACUCACAUACACACGCGCACACACACACACACACACAUCAAAACGAACACCCACCAGUACAAACAGUAUGGAAACCACAGUAGAAGGCGGCGGCGCUGAUGGCGAAAAUAACAUUUUGCCGCUGCCAGCCAUGUGCCAGGACACCGCCCGAAGCCCAAACGAUGCCGCAGUAGUGCCCCAGACAGCGACACAGACUAUGAUAAGCAGCGACGCAGCAGCGCAAUUGGAGAGCGAAGAAGGGGCCACAGUGUUGGGCACAGAGCACCAGCACAUGCACAACAACAACAACAACAAUAACAACAACGAGAGCAGUGCUAAAACUAAACAACAACAAAAAGAGCAGCUGUCAGGCGAUGGCAAUGCAAAUACCACAACAAAAACAACAACAGCAACAGCAAGAACAACAACGAAUUGUGUCAAAGUGACGGCGGCAGCGGCGCCGGCAGCGACAGCCGCCGAAUCGGACAGCAGCAAAACGGCAGAGCGCAAUCACAAGAAGAAGAAAAAAGAUAAGGAACGCGAACGCGAUGAUGAUAAGCGCCACACAAGCAGCAACAGCAGCAGCAGCAGCAGCGCCAAGGAUCGCGAAACCAACAGCAACAGUCUCAAGAGCAGCAACAGCUCCAGCGGCAGCAAAUCCUAUACAACAAAUCGUCACAGCAGCGACCACAAAUCGAGUUCCAGUUCCUCAAGCGCCUCGCGGAGCAAAGACAAAAAGCAACACAGAAGCGAUCGUGAUAGAGAGCGGGAGCGCGAAAGGGAGAAGAUACCAUCGUCAGCGUCGAGCUGUUCAUCAAAUUCGCACUCGGAUCGUCGCCGCAGCUCGGACAGCAGUCGCGGCAGCAGCAACAACAGCUCCAACAAGCUGCUGGUCAUUAAAGAGGAGAAGGAGCGGGAGCGGGAUCGGGAGAAAGAGUCGAUCGUGGAGGAGCCACAGAAGGAAAGUGGCGCGUUGACGGUACUUAACCACAGCAAAGACAUCAAAACGGAAACCGAAAUCAAAAAGGAGCCGAUGGAAACGAAGCCAUUGCUAAAUGGCGAUGUGUUCAAAACAUUGAUAAAGACACGCGACGAGGUCACGCGACAGCUGAGCUUUGGCGCCGAGGCAGCUAAGCCCAAGGAGAACAGCAGCAGCAGCAGCAGCAAUGGCAGCAGUCAAUCGUCUUCCAUUUUAAUGCCAUCGCCGGCGCCAAAAACAAUCAACAACAACAACAGCAGCAGCAGCAGCGCCAAUCAUCAUUCCUCCAGCUGCAGCGUGCGCAAAUCCUCGUCCUCCUCCUCCAGCAAUUCGUCGAGCAGCCAUCACAAGACUUCAUCGACUUCGUCGUCAUCGUCCUCCUCGUCACGGCAUUCAUCAUCCUUUUCAUCGCGCGACUGCUCCAAAUGUUAUAAGCGCUCCAAGAUUCGCCGCAGCAGCGUGGGCGUCCAAUGCAUCCAGCAUGCGCCCGCUGCUGGUGCCUGGCAGACCAACUCUUUGCCCAAGCCCAUGGCAAAUCGCAAAGCGCCCGCUGGCCUUGAAAAUCUCAAAUACGGUCAUUACUUUCAAGUGGAACAAUAUCCCAAUGGCGGCGCUUCGGUGGUGCAUCUCUAUCAGCAUGAAAUCGACACACUGCCGCCGCAUGAAAUGGAGGAGCUGGUGGAUGAGUUCUUUAGCGUGUGCUUUGCCGAGGAUGAGCAGGGCUACGCACAUCAUGUGAUGGGCAUUGUGCACGAUGCCGCACGCUAUAUACCAGAUCUGCUCGAGCACAUGGCCGAGAACUAUUCGACGCUGACGGUCAAGGCGGGCGUGCUGGGACGCAACUCGGACAUCGAGACGUGCACGAUGGCCCAGUACAACGAACAGGUGGUGCGUAAUUAUUGCCAGGGCACCUUUCGCUAUGGACCGCUGCAUCAGAUCAGUUUGGUGGGCAAAGUGCAUGAGGAGGUGGGCGGCUUUUUUCCGGAUCUUCUGGGACGCAUCGAACAGAAUCCCUUUCUGCGCAAGACAAUGCCCUGGGGUGUGAAUUCCAUACUGCAAACGGAUCCGCGUCAAUCGAACGAUGGACCCAUCCUGUGGAUACGCGCUGGCGAGCAGCUGGUGCCCACCGCCGAGCUGAACAGCAAGACGCCCCUCAAGCGACAGCGUACACGCAUUAAUGAGCUGCGCAAUUUGCAGUAUCUGCCGCGUUUGUCGGAGGCACGCGAAACCAUGAUCGAGGAUCGGACCAAGGCGCACGCGGAUCAUGUCGGACAUGGACACGAACGCAUCACGACCGCUGCAGUUGGCAUACUCAAGGCGGUGCACUGUGGACAAUCAUAUGACCAGAAUCGCAUCACCAAGGAUGUGGUCGCCUUUGCCGCUCAGGACUUUAAUACGCUGGUCGAGAUGCUCCAGUUGGAUCUGCACGAGCCGCCCAUUUCGCAGUGCGUGCAGUGGAUCGAGGAUGCCAAAUUGAAUCAGCUGCGACGCGACGGCAUCCGCUAUGCCCGCAUCCAGCUGUGCGACAAUGAUAUCUACUUUCUGCCGCGCAACAUUAUACACCAGUUCCGCACCGUGACGGCUGUGACGAGCAUAGCUUGGCAUCUGCGCUUGCGUCAGUAUUAUCCCGGCCAGGAGGUAAUCAAUGAGCAGAACAAUCCGGUGCUGGCCGAGACGCCGCACUACAAAGAGAAACAAACCAUAUUGCCCCAUCCCAUUGGCCACGAUGAUUCCGGCAAGAAGACGCCCUCGAAACGCGCACACGACGGCAAGGCCAAGCGCAAGCUCAUCGACCUGGAUGGCAAGGAGCGUCGCUCCAGCGAAAGCAGCCAGGAUGAUCAUGCCUCCUCGGCAAGUGCUUCGCCCACGCAACAGACCAACAACACCAACAGCAGCGGGAGCGGCAGUGGCGGCAGCAGUGGUACGCCCAAAAAGAAACCGAGCAAAGAUGACUCCAAGAUAGACAUGCGCAAAAUGGUUCUGGAACACAAAUACAAGCUGACCAAAGCGGCGGCCACGGAGCAUGCCAAGCCAUGCAGCAAGGACAAAGAGAAGUCCAAUCGUGAUAAAGACAAAGAUAAGGAUAAGGAUAAGGAAAAGGAAAAGGAGCGCAGCAAAAAGCCGGAGCAUAAAAUGGAUAUGCCAACGCCAGCAAAAAUACCGCGCCUGGCCAACGAAGCAGUGGCAAGUGCUGCGCCUGUCGCACCACCAGCUGCUGCCACGCCUCUGCCGCCGCCGCCGCCUGCCUUGCUACCGCCGCUGCCCCUAGUGCCUCAGAAGCCCUUCAUCCAUCGCGAAGCGUACGUAAAUAGCCUGAAUCAAAAGGAGCCCGAAAUCAAAAUACAGCUCAAAAUGGUAUCCGAUGAGCCCAGCAAAACCGAAGUCGCCUGCUGCGUGGCGCCCGUCUCGCCGGCGCCCGAUCCCGUUGAGGAUGUGGCCAACGAGCUAAUUGUGGAGAGCACGCCGCAGCUGGUGGUGGAUCACGAGGAGGAGGUGACAGAGCUGUGCGAGGAAAUAAUACCACUGGACAUACCUCCACCAGACCCUGCACCAGCUCCAUUGCCAGCAGCCACGCCCACGCCCACAUUGCCAGUUGUGCGCCUCGCACAGCCACCCUUGCCAGCAGCAGCUGCCGCCGUCCCACCACCAUCACAAGUUGUUAAAGUUGUGCUGCCCGCUGCAACGCUGACGCCGCUCGUGGGUCGCCUCUCGGCUGUGGUGCUGACGCCGCCCUUGCCGCCCAUGCCAUUGCCACCGCCGCCGCCGCCGCCACCACCACCAGCCAAGAGCCACAACAACAGCCAGAAACCAACACCAACACCAACAACAACAACAGCCAUCAGCACCACCUACAAAACGUUCAAUUUGCCCUCGCACAAGAUCAUUUUAACGGGCAGCAGAGCUGCAGCCAAGGCGACUGCCGUAACGCCAGUCGAUCUGCUCGGCUCCAUUAUGGCCAGCAUGGACAAUAAGCCCAGUAUCACUAGCUCCUCCAGCUCCAGCUCGGGCAGCGCGGCCUCAGCCGCGAGCACUGCGCCCGCCGCCGGCGGAAGCAGCAGCAGCAGCAGCAGCACGGCAACCAACGCGAACCCAUCGCUGUCCUCCUACGCCAGCUCCAACAACAGCUACUGAGAGUGCGCUGCCAGCAGCCCAGAGGCUUCUCCCGGCGGUGUCCGUCACAUCGCCACAAUAAUUGCAGCUAUAUAGGCAAGAAAAUGGAAAAGGUAUUGUUGCAAAUUGUUUAUUAUUAUUAUUAUUAUUACUAUUUUUUUUUUUUUCUUGUAAAUUGUUUCGAUUUGGCCACGUGAUGAGGCCACGUUGUUGGCGUCUAACGCAAGCGGGCGCUUUCACGGUUGGCCCGAAAAUCGUUUAUUGUAUAUAGCAAAAGGGGCGGGGCGUGCCGCCCCUUAUAUAUUAUAUUUGAUAACUGUAGUUGAUGUAAGCUCAAAAAUGCUAAAAAUUACUUUUAGACAUGUAGUUUUUUAAUUUAUUACCGCAGGCACUUUAAGUUACACACACACACACACACACAACAUUGGCAACUGUUAGAAGAACUUUGAGAUACUUUGAUAUAUAUAUAUAUGGUUAUAUAUAAAUCUGUAUAUUAGCAUAAUGUGCGCGCACAUUGGCCGCGUAUUUUUUACAAGUCAAACUAAAGUGCAAAAUGCGCCCAGUUAUUAAUCUUUUAAUUUUGCGACUUUUUCCUAACGACUUUUCGGAAGACUCACAACAACACACAGACACAGACACAUAUGUCAAUAAUUAUGAUAUAUAUAUAUAUAUACCACACAUAUAUAAAUGUAGACUUAAAGCCAAUGCACGUUGAAGAAACAAUAAAGAUUCGGAUCGUACAAAAAUGCAAGUGAAAAAGCAUCUUUUAUGGUCAGAAGAAAAAU